AUGGAAUUUGCAUCAAAGAUUUUUAUUGUGUUAAGUCCUCAGCUCGAGGAAGCGAAGUUAUGUGAUGGUAUCACAGACCUUCAAUUGCAAAACUAUCUUAUCCCAUAUCUUCCGCUAAACAUACUGGUAGACGAUGACUUCAUUGCCGGCUUCUGCCAUAGGGGUGUCGUGGACAUUAUUCCCCUCGCCCAUCAUAAUGAUUUGGAGGUUUAUGUACGUAAAAAUAUGCUUACCAUCAAUAUGUCUGCAUCUGUGUAUUCUGCUUUCGGUUUAGCUGGAGUAAAAUUCAUGUGCAACAAUCGAAAGAUGUAUCACUUCAACAUUCAUCUUGGUUGGCCAACCUUCAAACGCAACGACAAUGCCCAUAUGCGGCUGAGAAAUUUUUUCAACAGUGAUGAAGUGACCUCAAGACGUCCACCAGGUCCGUGUGUGGUUCGCUGGGCGGUGAAUAAGAAUAUUGACUGGACUCGUGCGGAAAAUGGAGGUCUUUCUGAGUCUCCUCAUCCCUUCUCAUUGGCUCGUUUCCUCUCGCCAGACUUCCGUAUCGCUAUUCCUACAGUGGAAGUCUGCAACCUUGAAGCUGGAGCUGAGGUCCCACGAUUUGUAGAAGUAAAUCCUGAAUCAGACCAUCCGUCGGGAACAUCUGUGGAUCAAGAAGCGGCUCGUGCCGCUCACAACACCCUCCAACAAAUGGCCCUUGGUGUCUACCCUGCAAGCGAUAGUUAUAUGCCCCCAUUGAACUCUCGCCGUGGUUUUUCACCGGAGGAUGUUAUCUGUUUGCGUGGCGCGACUAUUCUCACAAUUUCUGGCAUUUUCACAGUUGAGCAGUGCCAAAAGCUGGAGGAACUCCUCACUGAUGUGGUACGCACAAGUCCGUCGGAGAAUUCGGUGGCCUUUUUUGCAAGUUGUCAGAUUGAAUCGGAUCAGAGUGCUCUAAUUACGGAAAAGAAGAAGGAAAAUCAAUCGUCGACUGUCUUUUUCCAAAAACUCCUUGCCCCCGUCUUCACAUCCUCCCGCCCACACGUGCUUGUCGUGGACUUUGCGGCUGACCUCACCUGCAUGAUCAAAGAUUAG